AUGUUAGUAAGGUUCAGGAAAUGUGGACAAACUAACAUAUUUAGAAGUAUAUCAAAUAUACGUAAAAUAUAUAAUGAAGGAAAUAAUUUAAAAAAGAAUACAGAUGUAGAAAGAAAAGAAAAGAUUAUUAUUUUAGGUUCAGGAUGGGGUGGUUUUAAUUUCUUAUUAAAUAUAGAUUUUAAAAAAUAUGACGUAACUUUAAUAUCUCCUCGUAAUUAUUUUACGUUUACUCCUUUAUUACCAUGUUUAUGCAGUGGAACAUUAAGUGUAAAUGUCUGUACAGAAAGUAUUCGUAAUUUUUUAAGAAAAAAAAAUGGGUACACUGGGAAUUAUUUGCAAUUAGAAUGUACUGAUGUUUUUUAUGAAGAUAAAUAUAUUAAUUGUAUAGAUGUUGAAAAUAAUAAAGUGAAAUUAUUUUAUGAUUAUUUAAUUAUAGCUGUAGGUGCCAAAACAAAUACAUUUAAUAUUAAUGGUGUAGAUAAAUAUGCAUAUUUUGUGAAAGAUAUUGAUGAUGCUUUAAAAAUUAGAAGAAAGUUUUUAGAUAAUCUGGAAAAGUGUACAUUACCAAAUAUAUCAAAUGAAGAAAAAAAGAAUAUGUUACAUGUUGCUGUUGUAGGUGGGGGUCCUACAGGUGUUGAAGUUACAGCAGAAUUUGCUGAUUUUAUUAAUACAGAAGUUAAAAUAAAUUAUAAAGACAUUUUUAAUUUUAUAUCAAUUAGUAUUAUAGAAGGAGGAAAUAAUUUAUUACCAACAUUUACACAAAAUAUUUCAGAUUUUACAAAAAAAAAUUUUCAUAAUCUAAAUAUUAAUGUAUUAACAAAUUAUUAUGUAAUAGAUGUAGAUAAACAUAAUUUUUAUAUACAAUCAAGUGUUAAUAAAAAUGAAAAAAAAAAACUUUCAUAUGGUCUUCUUAUUUGGGCUAGUGGAUUAGCACAAACAAGUCUUAUAAAAAAUUUCUUAAAAAAAAUACCUCAACAAGUAAAUAAUCCAAUUUUAAAUGUAGAUGAAAAAUUAAGAGUUAUUGGUAUCCCAUCUAAUAAUAUUUAUGCUAUAGGUGACUGUAAAAAAAUACAACCAAAAUUAUUACAUGAACAUACAAAUGAAAUUAUCAAAAUAUUAACAGGUAAUAAAUUAACUUCUGAAGCCCUAAAAUUAAAACAAUCUGAAUUAACUAAAACAUUUCCUCAAUUAAGUAUAUCAAAAUGGGAUUAUGAAAAAAACAAAAAAGGUGAAAUGACUCCUGAACAAUUUCAUGAUUAUUUAUAUCAAAUCGAUAAAAAUUAUAAAUCACCUACACCUACAGCACAAAAUGCUAAACAAGAAGCUUAUUAUCUAUCGAAUGUAUUUAACAAUUUUUUAAAUACUAAUCAAAAAUUUAAUAUUCCAUCAUUUAUAGAAAAAUGGAAAGGAUCAUUAGCAUAUAUAGGUAAUCAUCAAGUUGUUGCUGAUUUACCUUAUUAUGAAUUAAAAGGAGGAAGAUUUUCUUCCACUUUUUGGAAAGCUGUAUAUAUACAAUUAUUGUUAUCAUGGAAAUCGAGGUUUCAUUUUUUCUUCGAUUUUAUUAAGACUAAAUGGUAUGGUCGUCCUUUCAUCAAAUAA